AUAACAAUGAGAAUAAUAAUAAUUAUAAUAAAUCUCCUAACUCCUUCCAGUUCGAGGACCACGCUCUCUCUCCUUCAUCAACAGCGGAGAAGCCACUUCCCUCGCCAUGGCUCCAAAAGGGAUUGCCAGUCCAGUGCCGAUCUCGUGGUACCCGACGCUGUCUGUGUUGAUGCUCGCCAUCGGACUCGUCAUCACGGCUUCUUUCUUCAUCUAUGAAGCAACCUCUUCUAGGAGAAACCGUAGCCUAGCUAAGGAGCUUUUUACAGGAGCCGUGGCAUCCAUCUUCCUGGGUUUUGGGUCAUUGUUCUUACUCCUCUCUUGUGGCAUUUACGUCUAAUACUACGCUCUGUAGCGUUUGCACAGCUUGCCUUCUGCACUAGAUAGGUGAUUUUCCCAAAGCGGACAUAGCGUGAUCUCAUGGUUUGAAAUGAGGAAGUUGCCAUAGGAGAGGGAGAGCAUACUUAUGAAUAAUAUCACUAUAUACUGGAUGGCUGUUAUCUUUGUUGUUUAAAUGUACUUGGGUAAAUUGCUUGGUCCUGUUAAUAUUUGGUGUGCAGCCUUCUUUACUUUUUAAUCUGAUAUGAAAGUUUGCACGGAGUUUCUGAUGAUCUGAUACCCUUAGCAGAUGGUUUAUUUGAUUUUUC